AUGGGUGAUUGGGUGUACUCUCUUGGCGAUAACAUUCUUUCCCAAGAAGACAAGUUCAUAGGGACAAAGGAUAUGACGCAAGAUGAUGUAGACAAGCUCCAACGUUAUACUGAACAACAGCGAGUUGAGUACAUCCGAACCAAGUUCAUCAACCCGGCCAAAGUUGCUCCCCCUGCUGCAGUACAAGGUGGUGGCCCAGCUGCCAACAAGGAUGGUGUCCGCCAGUCCACUGAGAAGCCUGCGACGACAUUUGAUGGUCAGAUCACCAAGAAUGGACAAGUCAUCCAGUACGGUGUGGUGUCCAGCGGCGACUUCAGUACAUCAGUGUUUGUAGACCGUAACCUGAAUGGUGUCAAGAACUCUGAAGAUGACCUUGUAGGCGGAUUCACUGGAACGAUUACGCAGAAGUCUGACGGAAGUGUCGUGGACACAUUCCAGGUGACUGCAGCCAAACCCGUGUACACCAAGAAGCUCGCUACCGGAGAUUAUUGUGUCAAGUACACCAACCCUGCCGGUUCAUUUGUCUCCGCUCCAACUGGAACCGACAACGUGUUCACUCCAGCCGGAUCUGCCACCCCAGAGUACUGCUUCACUCAAGCAGACCAACCAAUCACUGCCACUCUCGGAGUCACUGCAAAAAAGAAGAUCACAGUCGAUGUCUUUAUUGACCAGGACAAGAAUGGAGUCAGGGCUGCUAGCGAUGCACAGGCUUGGGGAUUCAAGGGCACUUUUACUAAGCCCGAUGGCACCGUCAUUAGAACCUUUGACAUUGAGACCGAUUCAAGGACCUUCACCAUGAACCUUGAGCCAGGUGAGUUCUGUGUCACAUUGGAGAACAAGAAGAGGAACUGGAUGGUGUCGCCAACUGGUGCUGACAAUGGCUACACCUUUGAUGCCGCAACCACGUUCAAGGGCAAGAACUGCUUCACUCAGGCACAGGCUGAUCAGAAGCUGGCAAUGGGUGUGUUCACGGCUCCAGAGAUAUCAUUCUCCGCUUUCAUCGACAGCAAUAAGAAUGGAAAGGAUGAUAGUGAGGCCGCGGCAUGGGGAUUCACUGGAACCAUUUCCACUCAGGAUGGAGGAGAAGUCGUUCAGACAUACACCACGGACGGAACAAACAGGGAGUGGAAUGGAUUCCUUGCACCAGGUAACUACUGCAUCAACUGGGUGCACAAGAACCUCAAGGGUGAGCAACAUUGGAAGUCAGGUCCACUUGGUUCUGACAACAGAUUCCAGAAUGCCAGAUAUUGUUUCACAAUGACAACGGCCAACAAGAUCAACAAGGCUGGUGUCGUUCCAAUUUAA